CUGGCAGUGUGUGCUUUCUACCCCUUCUACACAGCAUUACCCAAUUCAAUGAUUCAUCUCUAAGCAGCUUCAAGCUGACCACGUGCAUGUCGGCCGGGGGAGAGCACCUCAAAGAUGAGGGCACAAAACAACAGGUCGUGAUCGCGGGCGGCGUGGCAGGUCUCGUCUCACGUUUUUGCAUUGCGCCGCUCGAUGUCGUCAAAAUCCGUCUUCAGCUGCAGGUCCACUCGCUGUCGGACCCGGCUUCGCACCGGGAAGUGACGGGCCCGGUAUACAAGGGUACCAUCUCAACGAUGAAAGCGAUCAUACAGCAGGAAGGCAUAAGGGGCCUCUGGAAAGGAAACGUCCCCGCCGAACUGUUGUACGUCUGCUACGGCGCUUUGCAAUUCACGACGUACCGCUCCACGACGCAGCUGCUGGCCCAGCUCCCCACCCAGCACCGGCUCCCCUUACAACUGGAAUCGUUCGUGGCCGGCGCUGCGGCCGGUGGCUUUGCUACAGCAGUGACCUACCCGCUGGACCUGCUGCGCACGCGAUUUGCCGCCCAGGGCACGGAGCGCGUGUACACCUCGCUGAGCGCGUCGGUGCAGGAGAUCAUCGCCCACGAAGGCACCGCGGGCCUCUUCCGCGGCUGCAGCGCGGCAGUCGGCCAGAUAGUUCCCUACAUGGGCCUCUUCUUUGCCUCGUAUGAAACCCUCCGCCCGCAGAUCGCCCACCUCGCCUUUAUCGAGCACUAUCUGCCCUUAAGCUCCAGCGACGCCGCCGCAGGUGUCUGUGCCAGCAUCAUCGCCAAGACGGGCGUCUUUCCGCUCGACCUCGUCCGCAAGCGCCUGCAGGUCCAGGGCCCAACCCGCACGCGCUACGUCCACCGCAAUAUUCCCGAGUCGACGGGCGUCCUUCACACACUCGCUUCCAUCAUGCGCACGCAGGGCGUGCGCGGCCUCUACCGCGGCUUGACCGUCAGCUUGCUCAAGGCCGCCCCGGCUAGUGCAGUCACCAUGUGGACGUAUGAGCAGACGUUGAGAGUUCUGCGGGAGGCAGAGAUCGCGUCUUAACUCUCCCUUUUUUCCCCCCUUUUCAUUCCUCUAAAUGGCUUGUACAUUCCCUAGACUAGACAUAAUUUUUCUAAUUUAAGGGUUUUAAUGAUAAUCAAAUGUGGCUUGAUUAAAAUGAAUCAAUUCUCUGUGAUUGAUUAAACUAGUCCCGCGGGAGAGAUGGACAGGCUGUCAUAAAAAAGGGGGGCGCGAUUGGAUAUAUUCAGACGCGGAAACAGACACACGAAGGAGCAAUAUGUAAACACGAACGGUUGCAAAAAGGCAUCACCGGCGCAUGUUCUAGUACUCGCCCUCCUCGACCUCGUCCAGGCCGUCGCUGGCCACCUCCUCAUAAUCCUUC